AUGCCUUCAGCUGCAAUCGAGACCCUCCCUGGUCAUAUCCUCGGCGGAGAUGCCCAGAGCAGACCACGCCUAGACCAGCCCUUGACUUACACGGGCAGUCUUGACAACUACUCACAACUCGACGUCACCCCAGUCAUCGGUCGUGAAUUUAAUGGUCUUCAAAUCAGAGACCUGCUUAAAUGGGAUGAUGUACACAUUCGAGACCUUGCUGUAACAAUUUCUCAGCGCGGAGUUGUCUUUCUCAAGGACCAGGAUGUCACUCCCAAUGAGAUGAAGGACUUUAUGCUACGACUCACAGACCUCGCCGGGUGCCCUGCCAGUUCAGGUUUGCAUGUGCAUCCCCUCACAGAAGAGGGGAGUGAAUUGGGUGAUCAAAUCAGUGUUAUCUCGAGUGAAAAGCAGAAGAAGGGUGGUGGCUUGACACAUCAAUUGAGCGAUGUAAGCAGAUUCGCGAGUGCUGGUUGGCACUCUGAUAUUACCUUUGAGAAGGUCCCUUCAGAUUAUGCGAUGCUCAAGAUUCACACACUACCAGCGACUGGUGGCGAUACGCUUUGGGCAUCAGGAUAUGAGGUCUACGAUAGACUCUCAGACCCCAUGAAGAAAUUCCUCGAAGGUCUCACAGCGACCCAUGAUGCGACAUUCUUCCACGAUGAAGCGCGCCGUCUCGGUAACCCUAUUCGCAAGGGCAUCCGAGGCUCACCUCUGAACCAGGGCGAGCAACUCACAUCUGUCCAUCCCUUGAUCAGAACAAACCCAGUCACAGGCUGGAAGUCGGUUUUUGUUAACAAGGGUUUUACCAAGCGUAUCAACGGACUAUCCAAGGAUGAGAGCGACACUCUUCUCGCCUAUCUCUUCAACCUGGUCACACAGAACCACGAUGCUCAGGUCCGAUACAGAUGGAGCAAGAAUGACUGCGCCAUCUGGGAUAAUAGAUCGACGUUUCAUUGUGCUACAUACGACUAUUCGGCAGCUAGGGCUGGAGAUAGACCGUAG